GUUACCUUACACUCUCAGGAGUCUUCCCGGGGGGACCAGCAGGACACAUGACGUGUGCCCAGAAGUCCUCCGCGGAGCCAGCCUGCAGCAGGAACGGCAGACAUGCCAGGAAACACCACCCUGGUGACCAGCCCUGGCCCCGGCGUGCCUCUCCUAAACUGCAGCGUGUCCUUUGAGGAGAGCAGAGUGUUCCUAGUGGUGGUGUACAGCGUGGUGUGCGCCGUGGGCCUGCCCACCAACUGCCUGACCGCCUGGUUGACGCUGCAGCAGGCGCUGCAGGGCCACGUGCUGGCCGUCUACCUGUUCUGCCUGGCGCUGUGCGAGCUGCUGUACAGCAGCACCUUGCCUCUCUGGGUCAUCUACAUCCAGAACCAGCACCGCUGGACCCUGGGCCCCUGGGCCUGCAAGGUGACUGCCUACAUCUUCUUCUGCAACCUCUACGUCAGCAUCCUGCUCCUGUGCUGCGUCUCCUGCGACCGCUUCCUGGCGGUGGUGUACACCCUGGAGAGCCGAGGCCGCCGCCACCAGAAAACCGCCGUCCUCGUCUCUGCGUGCGUCUUCGUUCUCGUCGCGCUUGUGCACUACCCGGUGUUCAACAUGCCCGACAGGGACACGUGCUAUGAGACGCUGCCGAUGGACGGCAGGACCGCCGGCUACUACUACGCGCGCUUCACCGUCGGGUUCGCCGUCCCUCUCUCCAUCAUCACGUUCACCAACCAGCGCAUCCUCAGGAGCAUCAGGCUGAGCUCGGGCCUGGGGGCCGCCCAGAAGGCCAGGGUAAAGCGCUCGGCCAUCGCGGUGGUGGCCAUCUUCCUGGUCUGCUUCGCGCCCUACCAUCUGGUGCUCCUGGUCAGUGCUGUCGCCUUUUCCUACUACAGAGGAGACGCGGACUCCGUGUGCGCCUUCCAAGCCAGACUACACACGGUCUCUGCCGUGUUCCUGUGCCUGUCCACGGUGAACAGCGUGGCUGACCCCAUCAUCUAUGUGCUGGCCACAGAACAUUCACGGCAAAAAGUGUCCAGAAUCCACCAGCAGUGGAGAAGCUGGCCUGCAAGGACUGAAGGACCCAAGCUCGCAUGUUUGAAGGACUCCGAGGAAGCACCAGUGCCCAUGUUGCUCCCAAAUGGCUACAGGCUCCCUAGGUCAGUCCACCCACCAGGGUCCCAGCCUGGGGGCUCACGGUGUGUCCCCGAGGGGCUGAGUGAGGGAUCCUGCUGAGCCCAGGGCACUGCAGGCGGGAUGUCCGGCACGGAGUCCGGGCCAGCAGCAGCUUUCCCAUGCACUGGCACGGACAGCCUGUGCCUGUGGUGCUGGCCCCGGAGCCCCCUCUGGAAGACACACCACUGAUGUCUCAUUCCUGGAGUCAUGCUCCCCGUGAGCCUCUGCCCAUGGGGGUCCCAGCCCCCUGGGCUUUCCCACGGGGCCCCUCAUGGAAGGGGGCAGCAUGCCCAGGGUGGGCGAGGCUCCCAGGUGGCAGGGAGCCCAGGAGGGCCUCUUAACCCCUGCUAGUUCUGGCUCCCCUGGCUACUAGCAAAUGGCAGGGCGGUUGGCAAAGGCCAUGUGUCUGCUUGGUGCUGCCAGCAGCUGGCAUGUGCCAUGCACACCAUAGGUGCCCAGUCAGCAUCCAGGGUAAUGACUUCAUUCUCUGUGCUUUUCAGCAAGUGCUCUUGGAUGGCAUCAUGGGGCCUUUGUGCUCCUGCCUUAGAACGUCCAAACCGUGUCCCUUCAAGCAGUGACUGGCCACCCCGGGAUAGCCUGGGGCCUAAGGAGCAGGAGCCCAGCCCCAAGGGCCCUCGGCCGGGCUUGGCUGUGCCGACCAGGUCCGAGGCCUCAGGCCGCCACGGACCGUUAGGGGAGCCAUGGGGCAGAGCACUAGCUCCUCUGGCUUCCGGCAGGGCGACCCGCGUGUCUACCACAGGAGGCCCCGGGUGCCCACAGCCCCUACGCCCGUCGGCUGGAAAUGCUGGCGGACACCCCAGGAAGGGAGACAGGUCUGCCACCAAGGCCCAGAGUAUGGCUGGAUGUCCUUCAUUGUCAGGGGAGAAGCUGGCAGGGGGCUCUGGACAGCAAAUCAGGGUCCAGCGGGUGACGACCCCGAGGCCUCUCCGAAUGGAACACGGAACUGAGUCUGAUGCACGGCCGUGGAAAAGUCGGCCCCCUGGAAACCGCACAGCUUAGCGUCAGAUCCUGGCUCGGCCCUUGGCAAGCCUUAUCUAGGCCAGGCCACACCGCUGCCUCAGUUUCUUUGUCUGUACCAGGGCCAAUGACACCUACCUUAGCGGGUCAGUGUUGGGGCUGACCCACUACCUCUGCUUCAGGCGCUCACUUUACAGAGGCCAGCAGCCCAGCACCUCUCCCCAGAGGCCCAGGCACCCCAGGGAGACCCAGGUAACCCACAGAGGCACACACGCCCCGUGGAGGCCCAGGCUCCCUGAGGCCCACGCCAGGCAUGGCACAUGUAUGUACACGUCACAGACACUGUGCUGCCAUCAUGUGAUGAUGUCCUUGUGUCCCUAGGGCGGCCGUCAUUGUCCACCGUGAGAGGUGUUCACAAGACACACUUGGAAAAUAUGCUUAGAAAUAAAAACGAUUUUGUGUAUUUUUAUA